UUAUGUACAACAUAUUUGGAAACAGUACCCGGUUAAAAGGCGUGGCAUGUUGAUGUUUUCUCAGUAUCUUAGCAUACUGGUGGCGGUUGCUUCCCUCAUGUAUGCUGCUGGAGAGAGGAAUAAAAUAUCAGAUGUCUUGAACACACCAGUGGAGUCAUAUUUUAAUGGUAUUGGCUAUAAGUGUACCAUGCUGGGUUUAACAAGUUUUGCAGUUGUACUAAUGGUUAUAACAUUGGCGUGUUUUAUUAGUCAAAAUUCUAAGAAAGGAAAAAAUCAUAUUCUGGACCUAAAAGAAAAAGACCAAGGAACAUUAAAACUAGAUUCUAUCCCUGAUAGAAGGGAGAAAAAGGUCACCAAUGUAAAAGAGAUGAAAGAUAAUGAAAAAGAUACAGAGGAACCAAAGUAA